CGCGCUGAGCCCGCCUUAAAGCCGCCCCCGCGACCCGGAAGUAGACUCGCGGCGGCGCGGGAGCGACGGUUGAGGUGAGGCGCGGGUAGCCAGGGCAGGGCAGCAGCCAAUAUGACCACCAGCCAGAAGCACCGGAACUUUGUGGCUGAGCCCAUGGGUGAGAAGCCCGUUGGCACUUUAGCUGGCAUUGGAGAUGUGCUCGGCAAGAAGCUGGCAGACAAAGGUUUUGACAAGGCUUAUGUAGUGCUUGGACAGUUCUUAGUGCUGAAGAAAGACGAAGACCUCUUCCGCGAAUGGCUGAAGGACACGUGUGGAGCGAACGCAAAACAAUCUAGAGACUGUUACGGCUGCCUGCGAGAAUGGUGCGAUGCCUUCUUGUGAACGUUGUGGGUCAAAGCUUGGUGGAUGCUGUGAGGGCUUUUGUAGGUAGCUAGAGACUAAACCGUCCCUGAUCCUCAGCGUACGCUCUGUAUAGGGUUCUUUCGGGAUUUCACUCUGAAAACCAGAAAAACGAAUGCUCCUUUUUAAUGUCACUCAACUUCCGUUCCUCUGAAGAGGAAGUUGGGGAAGGGGCCACGUUCCAGUUUGGACCCCUUACAAGUGUUUCACCCUUUGUAGCUUUCCCUGUUGAGCUAUCCAUUAGUACUCCCCGGCUGAAUUCUUGGCUCCCUGGGCUUGUGGUUUAACUACUGGUUCUAAAAACAAGAUUUGUAUUAAUAUUGGUGGAGAUCUCCUUUCUCUUCUGGGACCUCCACGUAACUUUUAUGCUGCCUAGUUGAAUGUCAGGACCCCAAAUAAUGCAGUGUUUUUAAAUCAAUAAAACUCAGCUGUGUUUAAUAUUCA